UGUGCAUGAUGAUGAUACACAUUUUGGGAGUCGGCAAUCAUUGGGGAAUUCAUUCAUUUAUAUUGUUGUUUAUGCUGAUUAAUUAUCACGCUAGAUAAGAAAUUGUAAACAGCCGAAACGGAUCAGAUAAGGCAUAAGAAAACGUUGACUAACAAUCAGAAUUUCAUUAGCAUAAGGAAACAAAUUGUAACCCUUGUGUUAACUGGUUUCCAUCGGAAAUGAACUGAUAAAUUCAUAGCCCGUCUAGUACCAUAAAAGUAGAGCCGACAUCAAAGCUGCGAGGCAUUCCAUUCAAUUCUCCAGGCAUACAAAUAAAAACACACAGAUCCCAGAUGAAGAGCAAACUGCAACAACUGAUCAUAGUCCUAUUGCUGCAUUUGGUAGCUAUUAAAGCCACUUCUCGAAGCGACCACUUGGCCAUCGAAAGGCAGUGCCGCAAUGCGCUGGUGUGGACUCUAUUGCCGGAUGAGCAACAUUGUGACAGAUUCUAUGUGUGUACGGGUAGAAAGGAACAUAACAGAAACUAUCAGGAAUUAAGAUGUGCAGCGGGUUACCACUUUAGCAGCUAUGAGCAACGCUGCAUAAGGGGCGCAUGCUCCCAACCUGUCAGCAGAACCUGCAAUGCAACCGACGUCAACAACGUGCAACGUCUGCUGGGCGAUUGUACGCGCUUUGAGCGUUGCUCGAGUCGCGGUGAGCUAGCACUUGUCAAGUGCUCGUACGGUCACUACUUUGACGCCGAGCGACAUGCCUGCCUGCCGGUGGCCAUAACGCCAUCCCAUCAGUGCAGCUGCAUACUGCCGGAGCACUCCACGCUGGCCAAUCUAGAGGACUGUCGCAGCUACUAUCGCUGCACAGAGGGCCAGGCCGUGCUGCAGCAGUGUCCGCAGGAUUACUAUUAUGAGCUAAGGGUGAACAGCUGCCUGCUGGAUACGAGGGGUGUAUGCAAGCCCGGAGAGCCAGCGCCUCUGCUGGGCGAGAUGUUGCAGGAGUGCGACAGGGAAGGUAGCCGAUUGGUGCCGCACACUCAGGACUGCAGUCGGUAUUUUGUGUGCAUCGGCAGCCGGGCCAUCGAACUGAGUUGCCCCAAAGGCCAGUAUUUCGAUGUGCUAUCGCGCUAUUGUACAAUUGAUGAAAAUUUCCAGUGCCUCAAGCAGAGUACAGGCAGUACGCAACCUAUGACAACUGCAUCACCUGCCACGACAAAGGAAGUCAACAGCAGCAAGCAGGCACAGAAGUUGAAUGGCAAUAAGCCAGCAUUUGAUGUGAUCGGCAACAAGUUGUCAUCAAAAUUUCUGUUAGUUUAAUACUACGUGGCGAUAUUUUACUUGGACUGAAGUACCCGAAAACAACCAAUCAAACCGAAGCCCGAACUGAAUUGUUUUGGUCAAGAAUAAAACACUUUUGAAGAAGGUCUCAGCCCCAAAGCAUAAAUAACCUGGUUGAUGCCAUUUUUGGGUAGAGAUCAAAUUUAGACUUUUUAGUAAAACGGACAAUAUUUAAUUAUUUUAUAACCAUUUAGAAAAUAUACGACAAAGCAUUGCUUCAACCAAAA